AUGGCGUCGGUACUGAGUUACACCCAGGGAUUUAUACGCGCCUGUCGCGCUGCUGUCAACGCUCUCCAACCACAGGAAAAGUCCUUGUUAAAGAAGCUUGGAUUGCUCAAGAGAUCCGGCAGACCAAGAGGCUGUAAAGCAGCAUCUGCUAUUGAAUUGGAUGGCUAUAACCUGUACUCCAAACACAGACCAGACAGAAGAGGGGGUGGAGUGGCAGUCUAUGUCAAGGAUCGGAUACCAUCACGACAGUUGACUGAAUAUGAAGUACCUGAACACCUUGAAGCAGUCUGGGUUUGGACUAGACCUCAUAGACUUCCCAGAUCAUUGACAGCGAUAGUCAUAUGCGGCAUAUACUCUCCUCCCAACUCGCCUUACCGUGAUCAGUUGAUCAACCACCUCGUAACAGUGUGCGACGACCUGAGAUCUAAACACCCCGAGAUAGGCCUGGCCCUACUCGGCGACUUCAACAGAGUGGACAUCUCAGAUCUCUGUAGGGGCGGACUACUGUCACAGGUUGUCAAAAACAACACUAGGGGAAACGCGAUACUGGAUCAGAUCAUAACAAACAUGAAGGACAAGUAUCAGCGCCCUACCAUUCUUCCCCCUGUGGGAGUCAGUGAUCAUUCGACAGUCCUCUGGUCCCCUGCAAUGAAAUCCCCAGCCACCAAACCCGUGAAGAAGAAUUUCCGGCGUACUGGUGAAACAGAAAUGCAUGAAUUCGGAAGAUGGAUCACUUCUCACAACUGGCUCGAAGUGUAUGAAGCUGUGGGCGUGAUUGCCAAGGCGGAUGCUUUCCACGAGACACUUCAAACUGCUAUUGACACCUUUUUCCCAGCCAGGACCGUUAAAAUCCACAACACCGAUAAACCGUGGAUUACUCCUCACAUUAAGCAGCUGAUCGCCUUGAGGCAAAGGGCAUUCCACAAUCAAACCCCACUGGCUUUUAGAUUCUACAGGAACUUGACACAAAGAGCGUUGGCUAAAGCUAAAAAGACAUACCAUGCAGAUAGAGUUAGCAAGCUGCAAUCCGCAAAUCCAAAACGCUGGCACCAGGAAGUCAUGAAGAUGGCUAACAUGAAGAAACCCAACAGUACGAUUACAAUUCCUGGCAUUCCAGCUGAUGAUGACCUCGCCACCGCAAAUAUCAUCAACUCAAGCUUCGCCGAGCUGCCAACGUUACUUGACUUGGAUGUCUACCAGCGUCUUCGAGCAGUAAAGCCAAACAAAGCCUCAGGCCCUGAUAACAUCCCACCGAAACUGAUUAAAGAGUUUGCCUGUGAGCUGACUUCUCCCCUCUGCCACAUCCUCAAUGCGUCAUUUGCAACUGGCGUGGUCCCUCACCAGUGGAAGCAAGCCGUGGUUGUGCCUGUUCCAAAAUCCCAACCUGCUACACUGGACAAGUUGAGGCCCAUAUCAUUGACCCCCCAGUUUGCUAAGAUUGCGGAAUUCUUUGCCUCUAAGUGGAUUACAGACGACAUUAAGCUAGACCAACGGCAGUUCGGCAGCUUAAAGGGCCGCUCCACGGUUCACGCCCUCUUAAGCCUGGUGGACAGACUAUCCCUUGGAGCCGACACACCAUCAACCAUCAGCACCAUUGUAGCCACUGAUUUUACUAAGGCUUUUGACAGAGUGGACCAUAAUACAGUGAUCACUAAGCUGCUCAACAAGGGUCUGAGGCCCGAGCUCGUUCCGUGGGUGUGCGACUUCAUUUCUGCGAGAAAACAGAGAAAACCCACCACUGUUACCCCCCACUGCGGAUUGACUCCACAGUUCUGUCUGUUGUCCCCUGCCUGA